AUAUACUGAAUCCUGUGCCCAGAUAUUCACGCGUACGGGGCUCAGGCUCUCUCUGUUGCUUACUUACAGACACUCUCUCCGGCAGCCUGCUACAGCCUAUCCCUGAUAUCAAUCCUCCUCCCCAGCUCUAUUCUCCGUCCCGCUGUAGACUCCAAGCAAAUAGUAUAUUCGCAAUGGAUCAGCAACUUAUCUCCACCGUCAAUCGUCUGCAGGACGCCUUCGCUACUCUUGGACCAACUACCAACCCCAUUGAUCUUCCCCAGAUCACUGUCGUUGGUUCUCAGUCGUCAGGAAAGUCGUCGGUGUUGGAAAACAUCGUCGGACGUGACUUCUUGCCCAGAGGUACCGGUAUCGUCACUCGACGACCACUUGUUCUCCAACUUAUCAACAGACCCGCUACGGAAAAGAGCGAUGACGCCCCGGCUGAUGAGUGGGGUGAGUUCCUUCAUCUGCCUGGUCAGAAGUUCACCGACUUCAACAAGAUCCGCGACGAAAUUGUGCGCGAAACCGAACAAAAGACCGGCAAGAACGCUGGAAUCUCAAACAACCCCAUCAACCUUCGAAUUUUCUCUCCCAAAGUCCUCACUCUUACUCUUGUCGAUUUGCCUGGUCUCACCAAGGUCCCUGUUGGUGACCAGCCCAAGGAUAUCGAGCGCAUGAUCAAGGAGAUGGUGUUGAAGUACAUCACCAAGCCCAACGCUAUCAUUCUCGCCGUCACUGCCGCCAACACCGAUUUGGCCAACUCUGAUGGUCUCAAGCUUGCCAGAGAGGUCGAUCCUGAGGGAACCCGAACAAUUGGUGUCUUGACCAAGGUCGAUCUUAUGGACCAGGGUACCGAUGUCGUUGACAUUCUCGCCGGACGUGUUAUCCCUCUUAGACUUGGAUACGUUCCAGUUAUCAACAGAGGUCAGCGCGAUAUCGAGCAGGGCAAGGCUAUCACCUCAGCUCUCGAGCACGAGCGUGAGUUCUUCGAGAACCACUCGUCUUACCGUGCUAAGGCUCAGUACUGCGGUACCCCCUUCCUUGCUCGCAAGCUGAAUAUGAUUCUUAUGCACCAUAUCAAGGCUACUUUGCCUGACAUCAAGCAGCGAAUUCAGAGCACUCUUGGCAAGUACCAGCUUGAGCUGGCUCAGCUUGGAGACAACACCCUCGGAAGCCCCUCCAGCAUUGUUUUGAACGUUAUCACUGAGUUUUGUAAUGAGUACCGUACUAUUCUUGAUGGUAACUCCCAGGAGUUGUCGAGCAUGGAGCUUUCCGGCGGUGCGCGUAUCUCGUUCGUCUUCCACGAACUUUACUCCAACGGUAUCAAGGCUGUUGAUCCCUUUGACCAGGUCAAGGACGUCGAUAUCAGAACGAUUCUGUACAACUCGUCUGGAUCGUCGCCUGCUCUGUUCGUUGGUACCACUGCCUUUGAGGUUAUCGUGAAGCAGCAGAUCAAGAGAUUCGAGGAGCCCAGUUUGAAGUGUGUCAACCUUGUGUACGACGAGUUGGUGCGCAUUCUGUCUCAGAUUCUGCAGAAGCCCGUCUUCAAGCGCUACCCCGCGCUCAAGGAGAGACUUUUGUCGGUUGUCAUCCACUUCUUCAAGCAGUCGCUCGUGCCCACCAACAAGCUUGUUGCUGAUCUCGUGAGCAUGGAGUCGGCUUACAUCAACACUGGACAUCCCGACUUCCUCAGCGGUCACCGCGCUAUGGCGAUUGUUGCCGAGCGUAUGCAGGCCAGCAAGCCUGUGCAGGUCGAUCCCAAGACUGGCAAGCCUGUUCCGAACGCGCCCCAGAAGGAUCUGAUCAACAGCCCUAUUGCGCCUAUGCCCGGUCUCGGCCAGGACGAGAACGGUGGAUUUUUCAACUCGUUCUUUGCUACCAAGAACAAGAAGAAAAUGGCUGCCAUGGAGGCUCCUCCUGCUGUCCUCAAGGCGUCUGGUGUUCUCUCCGAGCGUGAGACUGCCGAGACUGAGGUCAUCAAGCUUCUGAUCUCGUCCUACUUCAACAUUGUGAAGCGAACGAUAAUUGACAUGGUCCCCAAGGCUGUCAUGCUCAACCUUGUUAUUUUCUCCAAGGACGAGAUGCAGCGCGAGCUUCUAGAAAAGCUGUACAAGUCUGAUGUUGACGAGUUGCUCAAGGAGAGCGACGUUACUCUCAACAGACGGAAGGAGGUUCAGAAGAUGGUUGACAGUCUGCAGACUGCCAGCGAGAUUGUUGCCGGCGUUUAAAUUUGAGAUGGUUUCUUCUUCUUCUUUUAUUUUGCGUUUCCUAGUCGUUUUCUUGUACUGUCGUCUUUAUAUCGAUCGCCUUUUCCCAUCUUUUUUGAUACAGAAAUGACUAUUUUUUUUGCGCCAAGUCAUUAUUAAAACUUACCUUGGCUUCUGUUUCCUGGUAUUAGUUUAUUAUUAAUGCUGCUAUUUUUCCCGUCUUUGUUGCACUAUCCAUUUUGUCUUGUGCCUAUUUUUUAUUAUAUAUAGUUAUAUUACAAAGUAAAAUCGCCUUUCAGAUAUGGAGAAUGAACUUUUCCCGCUGCUUUAUAUAGUUUCUUAUCGUGCAAUUGUUUUAAUUGUUAAAUAGUUUUUUAAUUGAUUUGAUGGUGAUGUUGAGAAGCUUUGAAUGAUCCCGAGAGGGGACUACAUCGUACGAAGCCAUACAGACUCGUACUUUAUGCACGACAGAGGACUGUAGAGCUAUGAAAGCCCUUCUUUUAC